GAAGUUUUCGUGGAUACCUCUCCUGAGCCGUAUUCGUUUGGCGUUUACUUGGGUCGGUGAAUAAAAAGAGCAAUGAAACAGCUUCUGGACAUGUCAUACUUUCAUCAUGAUAAGGCAAUGGCGGUGAAUGUGAUUCAGUCGAUAGUGUUGCUAGUUAUUAACAUAGUGUUUAUACUACUGGGAGGAUAUGCAUUCAGCGUUUUGGAGUCAAGAGAAGACAAAAACAUUGAGAGGUAUAUGAAUAUAUCAGAAGAAGUGUUAAGAGCGGUUGACAGCAUGACAGAUGCUGACAUUGGACCAGCGGAUGUUGAGAAUAUAACAAUCUGGCAGAACGCAACUUAUUUUCAAGAUAUGAUCGACAUUGGGUGUGCUCACGAUAAGACAGUCCCCUGGACUUACGGGCAGUCCUUCUACUAUUCUCUUUCUGUCAUCACCACCGUUGGUUGGGGAGUAAUGACGCCCAGUUCCUACACAAGCAAGGCUGUAACAUGCCUGUACGCUCUUGUGGGCAUACCCAUUUACGCCAUGUUCAUUGCGCAAAUCAAAAACAAAUGUGGUACCAUCUUCAGAAAAACAGUCAGAGUGUCACGAGAUCUGAGCUGGUACUGGAUACCGCUCUGUGUUGGAAUAUUGGGUACCAUCUUCAUGAACAUUACGAUCAAUGUGGCAGUUGAUUGGGUCAGGUUGAAGACCAAGCAGCUGAUAAACAACGAUUGUAAACUCAUACCUCCUUACUUUCACUGGCAGGAGAAUGUGACACUAUGGGAAGGUAUCUAUUUCCAGUUCAUCACCGUCAGUACCAUCGGUUUUGGUGACAGCUAUCAUAGUUUGUUGGAGUGUAAAGAUAACAGUGCGGACAGUGUAAUGUCUGCUGUUGUGGGUUUCAUCUUCUUCACACUUCUGCUAGGUAUGUUGGCGCAUUUGUUUGACGUAAUCGCCGACAAAAGUCAAACCGGAGUCUCAUCGCUGUCUUCCAAAUUAAACAAAAGACUGGGAGGUGCAAAUAGAGACAAAUACGGGAACAGAACCUAUGGAAGAAUUUAGAAAAUAGCCCGCAAUAUUCCAACAAAUCCUUGUUUUUUUAAUUUAAGGACAGAGAAAGAAACUAAAUGUUCCCGCUACUAUACUUAUAUAAAGGGUGAGUAAGACAACAAUGUGACAGUAUAUCUGAUAAUUAUAUUAUGAUGUCAGUUGUUAAUGAGUACUGAUGAGAGAACGUUUAAAAAAAUGAUAAACAUCAAAAUUAGUAGAUUUGUUAAGAGGUUACUAUAAUUGUAAAACGCACGUUCGGUAAUGUAAUGGUAAGCAAUAACAGAGAAAAAUAAUAAAAUGCAACUCCUUUUUAAGAAGUGGAGCUCAAAUUGAUAAUAUUGAAAAAAUAAUGAUGAAGAUUAAUGAAAUGUGAUGUGAGUGUUCUUUAUUUAUAUUGAUUUGAAUUUUGUGUUGUUAAUUUCUUAGUUUCCUAACAUGAUAUCACGAUAUCAAUUUGUGA